AUGUUCGCCCGCGUCUUUCUCUUGUCUGUCAUCUUGCUUCUCCUUCUCGUUUCACAAGCCACUGUUAAGGCAUCGACUAGUUCGACUGAAUGUGAUGGAGGUAUAGCUCGCUGUUGCGAAGAGGAUUCAUCUCAGUGGGGCAAUGUUAACGAUGAGGAGUGCCGAAGCUACUCAGAGCCUUGUGAGAGUGGCUACCUAGCAUCUUGCUGCUACACCAUCAGCGCCAUACACGGUCGAUCUGAGUUGGCAUUGAACAGGACUAUUAUUUCUGCCAACAGGCUGGGUCAAAUUGAGGACGGUUGCUAG